AUGUGUUUCAACAUCUCAGGGAGCUGGCACGUUCCUGCCUGUCCGUGUGACCGUGAACCCGCUGCCCCUGGGGAACCUGUACGUUGCAAGCGUUUCCAACGUUGGGCUGCGGCCGCGGGGCUGCAGGAUGUAAUACAACCAGGGCGAUACGAGGCGUUGUUGGAGGCUGCAAAGAACGGUUCUCCACACUUCUCGGUGGAAAAGGAACGUCAAUUGGAGUUGGAUGUGGGACGUACCUGGCCCGCCUUAUGCAUUUUUGCGGAUGGCUGUGGCCGUGAAUCCUUAUCAAAUUUACUAAAGGCGUGGAUCAUUUAUGAUGGGGAAACGGCACAGGAGCAUCGACAACAAGAGGCCUCUGCGUCAAAUGAUGGAGAGACGUCAGGUCGCAGUGAAGCAGUGGGCUAUGUUCAGGGCAUGAAUUUUAUUGUCAUGGCCCUUCUGUGGCACGCUGGAGCUGAAGAAGCAGCAUUUUGGCUUUUCGUGGCUUUGGUGCAGAACUAUGAUCUACGCAGCAUGUUUGAAGCUCCAGAUAUGCAUGGGUUGAAGGUGCGUUCCUUCACAAUCGUUCAGCUGGUUCAUCAAGAGAUGCCAGACCUUUCAGCACAUUUGGCAGAACACCUGCAGAAUUCGCUGAGUCUGCUUUUCACAGAUUGGCUGCUCACUUUGUGUGCUGGUAGUGUCCCUUUGGUGCCACUUUCACAUCUUUGGGAUCACUUUUUUGAUCAGGGAUAUUCUGUCAUCUACCGCCUGAUACUGGCACGUUUGAGAUGUCUACGCCCCUGGCUCCUUGGUGAGACUGACUUUGGUGCUUUGGUGCAUCUGGUGAAAAAUGCACAUGUGGAUUUCGUGGGGCCUGACGACCAGCCGUGUCCCAGACCUCCUCGUCUCCCAGCCUUUGAGCCCGAAGAAGUGCCUCCCAGCCCUGGGGGGAAGACUUCCCAGCAGCCCAUCACCUCCCGGCGCAAGAACCUGCUUCGCCGCUUGGUGCGGGCGCGGGAUGGUGCAUCACGGCGGAGCUCCUUGCCCCCGGAGCUGGGAAAUUCCGGGGUCAGUGAGGAUGAGCCACGUGAGGAACCGAGUCAACCGAGUCAACCGAGUCCCAAAAAGCCAUUCUGCCAAAGUUGUGAAGGUGCUGGAAGUGAAAACUGCGCUUCAUGGGAGAAGCUGGUUGCAAUCCAUCUGCAGGCGGAAGUGAUUGACCUUGCAAGAACCGCGCACUAUGAGCGAAUGCUGGCGGCACCUGUGCUCUGCCCAAAGUCUGUUGAAGAGCAUUUGCGGGAGGACAAUGCCGAGUUGAUGGCGCAAAAUGCCAAGCUGAAGCAGGAGUUACAGGAUGCCUUGCAGCAGGCUCAAGAGUUCUCCAAAGAUGCUAAGAACGCCUUGACACGUCUUCGAGCCCUGCUGAUGGCCGAAGAGGGCGUGACAGCCUUUGAGGUCACCUGCAGUGGUGUAUCGGAAGCACUGUCAGAGUUUCUUUUUCCAGAGGGAGGCGAUGAACCUUUGAAAGAACAUUUGAGGCUUUUCCUGGACAAUUUCGUUACCCCACCUGGAGGAGCCCUGGUGAAGUUGGUGAAGCUUUGCGUUUCGGCAUUACAACAUGCUGAGCAGCAACCUUUGAUGCUCUUCCCCACAGCGUCUCCAGCCAUGUACUUGCCUCGCCACCUGAACAUGGCACCUGCUCAGUCGGACACCUGGAGCUCACUGAAGCUAUUUGGAUCUGAAUCCAUCAUGAAUCUGAUUGCUGUGGCCAUUUUGCUUCAGCAUCGCCCAGCAAGUCCGGGGCGAUCCGCAUCGUUGACGCGCAAUCUGAGCCAGCGCAAAGGCGUCAAGGACGAGAUGCCGCUGAUCGCGCCAAGGGAAGCUGCCACCGUGCAAAUGUCUGCGAAGAUGAGUCCUGAGUUGGAGCUCUUUGUUGUCUGCGGAUGGGGUAAAUGUCCGAAAAGGUUGGAACGUGUACUCAAGAAGAAGCCCAACGUGAACUGGAAAAAUGAGGAUGGCCUCACCCCUCUCUUCAAUGCCACCAUGUGUGGCUCCGCUGACUUCGUAGAGAAGCUCAUUAAGGCUGGUGCCGAGCCCAACGUCGUAGCAACAGAGUAUCUCUUGACGCCCUACGAAUGGGUGACAGCCAAAGUGAGGUAUGAAGAAGAGCGUGACAGGCGACUCAAUGACUUUGAUCAGGUGAAUCGCUUGGACGACACUUGUUUGGCAAUCCGACCCGAUAUCAAGCCCUUCAAGCAAGUGCUUCAGGUGUUGGAGAAGAAUGGAGGGGUCGAGGCCAAGGCCUUCUCGAACAAUCCGAAGAUCAAGCCUGAUGGCUCCAUCGAUGGAAAGCAACCUUCUGAACUCAGAUCUUAUAAGCUGUCACCUGAUGGCUCCUACACCACAGCCCAUUAUCUGCGCUCUGGCAAGUUUGAUUUGCUGAAGUACGAGGAUGGAAGGCUAGUGGAGUGCGACUAUGAUCCCAAGACUGGACAUUGGGAAGGCUACCAAGCGGCCGCGUGA